GCGGAGGACCGCACUGUGGAGCUCGCAGGGGUGCGGGGCGGGGGCCUCGGGCCAGUCGGCGAGGCAACCGCGCGCCGCAACUGGGUGGCCAGCUGCGCGGCCCACAUCUCGGCAACGCCCCUGCCGGACGAGACGGCGGGCCUCUUCAUCGGGCUUGCGGCCGACCAGGCGGAGGCCGAGCGCAGGCGGGUGGCCGAGGAGAUCCGCGAGCAGGCGCGGCGGCGCGCGCGGAGUGACCGCCCCCAGCGCCCCGUGCGGAUGCGAUGCCUCGUGGUCCGAGAUCUGGAGAGCGAGGCGGAGCAGCGGCUGUCGGAGGCGCUGACGGCGAAGGCCUUCCUCAGCGGGGCGGCGCCAAGACCGUUCAGGGCGCGGCUGCGGCCCGGGUCCGAGGUCGAG